CCGGCGUGCGUUCGCUGGAUUCUGCUUCACCUUGAUGGGCGUUGGAUGGGCUAGCAAGGGCGCGGGAAGGUGUGAGGGUCGAAUGGAGGGCAUAUACACCUAGACUCGACGAUCUCUGUCUACAUGCGGCGUCGUGCUCACGCCACCUCCUACUGUGGGUGCGGGCGAGGGCCAGCGCCAAGCCAAGCCGGUCUGCCAUAUCCCUCGCCGUCCCCACCCGGCGCACGCCGCCGAGAGCACGCAUCGGUGCGCCUUCUGCCGCCGUUGCCGCCGCCGCGCAUGUCGCCGAGCACAUUUCCCAAUUUGUAAUCGCGGCCCACGCUCCGGCUAACGUAGCGCCCAUGCUCAUCGUCGCCACCACGCUCGUUCAGCUCGCCAUGUCCUACGCUCAACCACACCCCCGCUUCUCCGUCCUCUCCUCCUCGUCUCUCUCCUCCACCGAGCACCUCUCCCCCACCUCCUCCACCCGCUUCUCCCUCCCAUCCGCGCCCUCGCUCAACACCGCCGCCGGCACUCCCAAGCCCACCACACCCCGCGCCUCCAUCUACGACCACCCGCUCAACAAGUCCCGCCAGGCCCAGGUCAGCGCGAGCGCAUUUGCCUUUCUCUUCUCCAAGGUCAUCCAGUACACCCAGAAGUGCGUCAGCGGCAUCAAUGAUCUCGAGCAACUUAAUACUCUCGGCUACCGCAUUGGCGUGUGCGUCCUGGAACUCAUGUCCUGGCGCAACGAGUCUGGCUCCAAGGCCCCCAAGCACGAGAUCCGCUUCCUCCCCACCCUCAUGUCCAUCCACACCCAGUUCUGGUGUGCCAUCUUUGGCAAGCCCGCCGACGCCAUCGAAAAGAGCGUCGAGAAUGCUGAUGAAUACAUGAUCAUCAACAAUGACCCACCCAUCACCCGCAACAUCUCCGUCCCACAUGACAUGAGCCAGCUCAGCUGCUCCUCCUUCGCUGCCGGCGUCGUCGAGGCCGUCCUCUAAGACGUCAUGUCCACUCCCAUCAUGCUGGCAACAAAUCGGCGACCUCGGCU